AUCCGAGUUCACUAAAAUGCACCAGAUUCUCACUGAGAAAGAGCAGCGUUUACUCAGAGAUCUCAGGGAAGAAGAGGAGAGGAUUGUAGAACCAAUGGAGAAAACCCUUCGAGAGAUUCAGGAGAAUUUAAAUUCUAUUGAGGAGGAACUCUCAAUUUUACAGAAACAAAUGGAACAAAAAGACGAGCUGAUGUUUCUGAAGGAGGAAGCUGGUCGGAAGAGAAGGAUUACUGAGGAGCAGAAACCACUCACAGCUGCUGGUGCCUCUCUAUCUCUCAGACAGUUCACCUGCCCUUUAUUAUGCACAGUCUGGAGAGAAACAAUACACACCAUUUAUCCAGCUCCAGCCUCUCUGACUCUGGAUCCGAACACAGCGCAUCCCCAGCUCAUCCUGUCUGAGGACCAGACCAGUGUGACAUUCGGAGACGAACAGCAGUCGCUCCCUGACUCCCCGGAGAGAUUUGAUACCUGGCGAUGUGUCCUGGGAUCAGAGGGAUUCACAUCAGGGAGACAUUACUGGGAGGUGGAGGUGGGAGAGAAGACUGAGUGGUUUCUGGGAGUGGCCCGAGAGUCUGUGGAGAGGAAAGGGUGGACCGACCUGAGCCCGGACUCCGGAUUCUGGACUGUGAGGCUGUUACCCGGAUGCGGUUAUUUUGCCGUCACCUCCCCCUCACUGACCCCCCUCUCCCCGAGUGUGAAUCCCCGGAAGAUCGGGGUUUUCCUGGACUAUGAGGGUGGACAGAUGUCAUUGUACAAUGCGGGCACCAUGUCCCAUCUCCACACUUUCACCCAUACUUUCACUGAGAGGCUCUUUCCCAUCUUCAAUCUGGGAUUGAAUGACGGCGGGAAAAACUCCACCCCGCUGACAAUCUGCGGGAUUAAAGGGCACUGACAGAUCCAUCCCAUAA